AUGCCCGAGAUGUCUCAAAGGCCGGGAAAACCCACUACGUCGAGAUUUUUGCGACUGGAAAGCCCCGUGGGUAGCUUGACAGUUGCAUUUUUGCUGUGGAAGUUCUUGCUCUUCGUUGUGGUUGCACUUUGCCCGGGUCCUGGAUAUGAUACUUCCACAUCGCUCUUGCUGCACGAGAAUGCUCAGUCAAUCAACAAGCCAUUAGAUGGCCUAUCAUGGCCACUCAAGUUCGCUCGGUGGGACUCCAUCUACUUUCUGCCGAUUGCAGAGAAGGGCUAUGUUUUUGAGCAAGAAUGGGCCUUUGGUUAUCCCCGGAUUUUGAGUUUGGUAGCCUCCGCAAUUCGACCGUCCGGGGGAUUAACCGGGCCAGAAAAUAUGGCCCUGAUCGGCAUCAUUUUGUCUCAUGCCAGUCACUACUACUCUGUAUUGGCAUUGUACAGUCUUUCCACCAAUAUUUUUGGGGAUGACACACCAGCUCAAAAACUCAUCUGUUUUCUUUCGGCAGCUCUGCAUAUCAUCUCUCCAGCAGGCGCGUUUCUGUCAGCACCUUACGGAGAGCCGGUCUUCUCGCUGUUAAAUUUUGUUGGGCUCGAUCUGUACACCUUGUCGCUUAUUGCAGAGCAUCGACGCUCUGCAUUGCUUCGGGAUCUUCAAGUCCUCGCCGCCGCAGUCUUGUUUGCGAUUGCAACGGUGGCCCGUAGCAACGGUAUCUUGAGCGGCUGUCUUUUUGCCUAUGAUGCUGCUCUCUUGGUCUGGGCAUCUCUCACCCAAGGCUUGACAAUCUACAAUUUACGACGUCUUGCUGUAAUUCUUGUGGGAGGAUGUAUCGUGGCGACGGGUAUCGUCGUGCCUCAAAUCUUGGCUUUCAACGAGUAUUGCGUGCAGAGUCCAGAGCCACGGCCGUGGUGCCAGUCACAGGUGCCUAGCAUAUAUGGCUGGGUUCAGAGUCAUUAUUGGAAUGUGGGCUUCCUGCGGUACUGGACUGUAUCAAAUGUCCCCCUUUUCGCCCUUGCGGCGCCAAUGCUAUUUGUGCUCUACAAGUCAUCGCUUUGGGCUCUCAAGGCCCCACCAACCCUGGGUUCAAAGAGCACGGGUGUGAAGUCCUCACAGAUGAGUCCCGGCGCCAUGCUCAUUCGGCUGGCACUGCCACAGGUGCUUCUGACAGUCUUGGCUGUGACGACAUAUCAUGUACAGAUCGUCAACCGGAUCGCUUCAGGCUACCCUGUCUGGUAUUGGUGGCUCGUCUCUACUGCCAUGCCCAGCUUUCAGGACUCGCGAAACAGUAGCCGAGGACUACCGAGGGCCGCGCAGGCUAUGGUGGCCUACGCGCUCAUUCAGGCCGUUCUUUUUGGGUCUUUCCUACCACCCGCAUAG